AUGCUCGGCUAUGCAAGAAAAAUUAACCACAUCAAGAAAAUUCUAUACAGAGAGAAGGCAAAAAAAAAUAAUAAAACCAGGUGUCACAUCCAGCACGUGACCUACAACGAUCAGCACAAGGAGACCGUGACCUUAUCAUACAGAAGGGGGACGCUAACACAGGUGAUUGAAUAUGCAGAAAGGGAAAGGGACCUUCUCCUCCUCAGUGAUCAUGUGGAGACGCGCAAAAAGGGGACAAGUCAUUUUUUGCCACCUCGAAAGGGGAGUCACCUAAGUGUGCCUUCUGCUGAGAAUGGCCCUGCGUGGGUCGGCCCCACACCCGAUGGGGCGCCUCGACAGGGGAACGGCCAUCGUGAACAGGCACACAGGGAUGGCGGGGGGGGGAACAACCACAACGUCGAUAUUUCCUCCUACGAACCGCUGAGCAGCACGUCACCAGAAGAUAGCCUCCGAGUAGGUAGCCCAAUCUCCCCACACAUGAGCAAGCAUAACAUCACGGUGAUAAAAGAAUAUCAAGACGAGCAGGAAAAAAAACGGAACGGACGAAAUGGACGAUACGAAGGAAGCGAAGGAAGCGAACGAAGCCAAGAAAGCCAACAGGGCAAACAGAACAAAUUGGUCCUCCACUACCAUCUGGGGAGCAUAAAAGGCGUACUGACCAUUUUGGACAAGUGCCAGGCGUACAACUACAAGAACGGUAACUUACUGGAGGACAUAUGUCAAGUCGUCCCUUCGCUCAAUCUAAGAGAGAUAAGCAUAAAGGACCUCCUCACCAUUCUACAUGCCUUGAUUAAAUUGAAUUAUUUCAAUGAGGGAUAUUUUAAUUAUAUGUUUUUGUGUCUCCUAAAUGAGCAUUCUUUGAGCAACUCCGAUUUGAUAUCCAUCUUGUUUGUUCUUUCCAAUGUACACAAUCUUACCCCUUUGAGUUGUGUCCUCCUGUACAGAGUCAAUUUUAUGCUGCUCCAUAGGAUGCACUCUCUCUCCCUACAUCAGCUGCAUAAUGUGCUGAAUGGCUAUCUGAAGAUGUGCAGGCGGGUGUCGGCUCGGACAGAAUUUGAACGGGCAAGUAAACACCAGCUGACAACGGAGGAUGGGCGAGGCUGCCCAAAGAUCAAUUCUGAAGCUUUUGAGCUCUUUUACAAGCUAAGAUUUGACGGGGCCGCCCAACCAGGGGAGAAGCCUGCCAAACGGAGCAGCCCACGAAACUGCGUCCACCUCAUAUUCCGUCUCAUUGAAAGUCUAAGGAAGAAAAAGAUCCCCAUGGGGAAGCUGAGCAAAUUCGUAACCCCCCAGGAUUGCCUCAACAAAGCUUUCAUCACGCAUUUGAAGAAAGAAAUAGGCCUCCUCUUUGUGAAGAAGUUAAAAUGUGAAAACGUCCUGUUUAACCGACUGGAGAGGAAGCGUCUCUAUGCAUUGAGGGAUUCCAUUUUGGCAUCUCCUAAAGAAAGGGGUCUCAAUGGGGAGGAAAGCGCGCCACAAAAGGGAAACCCCCAGUGGCAUUCCCGCAGGGAGGAGAAGUCUCAAAUGGGGAUCCAAUUAAGGGAGCGCGAACUUAAUUCGGCUCCUAUCUCCUCUCAGAAAAGGAGGGCAGACACAGGGUCGGCCUGUAUCAAGUUGAAGCUGAUAAAGAGGAUGAAGAGGCAGCUGGACGCCCGGCUCCUCGUGCCGCUGAUCAGGGUGUGUGAGAUCCGCAAUGGGAAUCGCCACGCUCGUGAUAACAAGGAUGAGGAACGCCUCUCAAGCGACCUCCGUAGUGGCCAUCUUGAGUGUGCUCCCCCGAAGAGGAAUCCCCCUCUGGACUUCCUCCUCCACUGCUACAAACACCUAUCGCUCAAGUUCGAUGCAAAAAGCCUGGUGGUGACCCUGAGCUGCUUCUCCCAGCGAAGACAAGCACAAACGGACGAAGUGCUUCACAUGCUAAUCAACCUCAUGGAGAAAAAAAUAAAUAAAUUUACUCCAGAACAAAUAGUGGACCUGAUGAACAGUAUCUCCAACCUCAGAGAUGAAAGGAUACCAAAUGGAACUCUGAAUUUUCUAAUUAGAUUUCUCUUUAACAAGAAUGGAAUUAUUUACCUCAAGGAUGCACACAUGAGUACUCUCCUAAAUGUGAUUCAAAAAAAAAAAAAAUUCAUUAAUGAAGAUGCUGUUCAUUAUAUAAGUCACUUUGUCGUCAACCAUAAGCCACCUUUUAAGAAUAUGAAAAAUAUGUUUUCCUACUUUUCCUUCCAUUUUCAUUUUAACAAAUUUGGCGACCAAUUUUUAAGUGCACUUUAUUGUUCCUUCCUCAGUGGAAGCAGCGGUGGGAACCUCCUCGAGCUGGAUCAUCUCAAUCGAGUUUUAUCGUCCACUUUGGUAAUUCCCACCCGUUGGAAAUAUCAAAAAAGGGUCUUCAAAAAAAUUGACACUUGUCUUUUGUCUAUUCUGAGCAGAAUGAACCGUUCGGACUAUUUUCCCCGUCGGAGGGACCUCUCUGAUUUGGUCCAACUUAUUUCCCACAUGAACAACUCCAUGACGAGGGAGGUUUAUAAAGCGUACGAGGGUGAAAUAAACCAAAUGAGGCGCAAGAAACAUUCCCCUCGAGAUGAGAUCACAAAUUGGGUAUGCGGAAGGACGAAUGGUGCAAAUGGACAAGUCGGAGAAGGUAACUCUACAAAGAUCGCAACACAGAAGAAUGGAAAAAAAAAAAAAAAAUUGCAAUUUUAUUACGCACACAAUUCGUACAAUGAAGUGUAUCUCAUGACGUCAUCCUUCAAUUUAAAAAUCUUCAUUUUGAUCAAAAAAAUCCUCCAAAAGAUGUUAAAUGGUAAGGGAUGUGCUAAUCUGCACAAUGAAGAGAUCGCUCUCCUGAUAAAGACAGUAACAAAUCUGUACGAAAUGGAAAGAAAAAUCACCAAGAUGAACAAAACAUACACCUAUUUUUACGUUGCAACAAAGUGGAGAUGUAAGAAAAACAAAACGUUAAACACGUAUUUUUUAAAAAUAAUUAACCAGAUUAACAGAGAUAUUCUCCAAUUUUUAUGCAAAAUGGACCAGGAAAGGAUCUUUCUCUGUAACGUUCACAUGCUAAGGAGUAACUACCUGUUUGAGCCGCUAAUGAAAGAACAACUCCUUCUGUCCCAUCUUCAACAGAGUGUGUGCCGAAUGGGGAACAAACCAGUCAGCACAGGAAGUGCCGUUCUUUUCUUUAAUUUUCUCAGUUCAUACAAAAUUGACGAAAUGGUGUUAUCCAGCAGGGGUGUACACUUGAAGGAUGUGUUGCACAACCCGAGUGUAACGCGAGCAGGCUUCGAAGAACUGGAGAGGACGAUCCUGAAGGCCUUCCUGGCUAGCCAAAAAAUGGAAAGUCCAAACCGAAAAAGAGAAAAACUGUUUGAACUCAUGUACAGUGAGAAGAAGAGACAAAAGUCCAGGAUAAAAAACGCCAUAAAGCAUUUCUUUUUAACGUAUAAAUUCACAAAUUGGGAAUAUUUAAAAAAGUACCAACAGGAAAAGAAAAUCUACAUAAAUAAAAUUUCGAACAACCUGGAGAGAAAAAUGUUAAAAAGGAAAAUAAAAAAAAUGGACGAUCUGGUUAAGCAGAAUAGCAGCUUUAAGCAUAUGAACAAGUACAACAAAUUUUUAAUUUGCAAAUUUGCCUCAAAAUGGAAGAAGAAAAAAAAAUAUUUAAUCCUUAAGAGCACCAUUAAUUCUUCCUAUGUGGACGCAAAUGACAUAAUCGAGUUGUUGUUCAGCUCAGUUGUUAUGUCCAUUAGACAUCUUGUCAAUCACCCUAAGGGGAGUUUUCCCCGUGCACGCGAGCAUCCCACCUGUGAACCCCCCAUGUCUGAAUACCCCAAAUGUGUAACAUUCCUGCUAAAAAAAAUGAUUGUCUUGAAGAAGCCCAAAAUCGUUAACAUCACAUACCCUCUCUACUUUAGACUCCGUCUCUGUAUUGAGGCCAUCAAAUGGGUGUAUCCGAGGCUGAUGAAAAAUUAUGGGCACAUAUUAAUGUACUGGAAGAAAGUCAUAGGCGGGCAUUUGGGGGGCGAGAAGACCUUUAAAAAUUAUUUCGACUACGCGCAGAGCGGGGGUAUGAACGGUAUCAGCAGUAGCAGCGGGAACCAUAUGUUGAGCGCAUGCCACAUGCUAGCAAACGGGAGCGAUUGCAGCAGCGCCCUCCACGUGGUUACCCCUUUAAACGGGCAGACGAAACAGAGCCUCACGAAGGAUACAAACGACGCCCUCCAAAAAUUCCUAACCUACCCCUGCAUUUCGCAAACCAAUUACAGAUAUAAAUUAAAAAGUAAAAAAACCUACUCCCUCGAGAAUUCACUUCACUUUAAAAAUUCGAAAUAUUACAAAAACGUAGUCUUUCACGACAUGUACGAGCACGUGAGCUACCUUCAAAACAGCUCUCACCAGCUGUACAUUAAUUUCCUGCACUUGAAGAGGAGACUACUACGGCGAAGUAACCAGGGGGGGCAAAGAAGAAAAAAUAAAAAAAAAAAAAAAAAAAACUAUAAAAGCGUAAAGCAGUUAAACUGUAAUUGUGCCAAACGAAAUAGCAUAUUGUUCAAAUGCUCAUUCAACAUAGUUAACGUAAAAAAAGUGGAAAUGUUUCAUAGCCAUCUGGUCAGAGUAGACGUGGCUAAACGUAACGGUACCGGCAACAUACGCACCUUUUUUGUCUUCCCCUACGCGCCCUUUAACCUCAACACAGUCGUAAAAAAUGGCACAAGCGAAGAUAACGUGCUGCAGUUGUCCGCAUCCACAUUUUGCAAACGCGAAUUAUUUUUAACUUUAUUUUUGAUGAAAGUGGAAUUGGCGAAGCACAUCCAGACAGAGUUAAACAUCGUGCCCGUGGCCACGGACAAACUGAACAGCAUCCGCAGCAGAAAGGAGCUCCAUUUGUACUUAUCAGCAAAACUGUUCUGUUGA